ACUCGGGGGGGCUCAGGCCGAGUCUACCGAGAUUGUGUCUACCGGCGCGCGGGUAACCCGAAAGCGAGUGUGGCGAGGAUUAAAGUCGCGGGCCGCUUUCCGGCAUGCGAGACCGUCUCGCUGCUGCUUGAAGGCCGUACGGGAACGCACGAGGGACGGCGCGCGUACGAUAAGAAAAGUUUCACGGCCGCGGACGCAGAGGUGGAGGACGACGAGGAGGAAGUAGCGGAAACGAAGGUGGAGGAACGUGCAGCAGCGGCAACAGGAGGAGGAAGAGGAAGAGCCGAAGGAGAAGGUGGCGAAGGAGGUGGAGGAGGUGGAGGACACAUCGUCGCCGCGCGGUAGACGUAGGAAGAGGAGAAAACAAGCCGACGAGGAGACGGGCGCCGCGCGCUCGCACGUUGUCGCACCGCGCUUUACUAUAUCGCAUCGCACGCGCGUCGUGAUACGCGUGUACGCGCGCGUGAAACGUAACGACAUUACAUAUAUUUAUAUGCAUACACGGUGACCCGCGCGCGGAGAUAAUAACAGUGUAAAUGGCGCUCUCGGCGCAGAACCAGUCGACGUCGUACGUGAACUUGUAUUACUCGAUCGUCCAGCGCGCGGCGACGCGCUACUUUAAGGAAUAUUACAACUCCGAUACUGGCGCGCCCUACGUUCUGUACAAAGAUAACAUGGAGAGACCCCAGGGUCAGUGGGGCCCGGGGCCGGGAUCUCUCCAGGACGGCGGACUGUACCCGCAGCAGCAGCAACAACAGCAGCAGCAGCAGGGCUCCUCCUCGUCGGGAAGCCCACAGCAGGCCUGUGGUCCUCCGGUCGAGGGCGGCGAAAGCGGUCCACCGCCCUCGUUAGCCUCGCCCGUGCCCUCGCCGUAUCCCUCGGCGCCUCAACCUCAGUCCUUGACACCACCGGACGAUGACAUACAAUCGAGUCAGGCGACGUCCCAGCAGCAGCAACAACAACAGCAGCAGCAGCAGCAGCAACAACAACAACAACAGCAGCAAACGCAGCAGCAGGUUCAGCAACAGGCGCAAGUUCAACAACCACCUCAGCAACAACAGCAACAGCAGACGCAACCGCAAGAUCAUUCGCCGCAACAACAACAGCUGACUCCUCACGCGGAGGUGGAUCGCGGUGAUUGUUUCCCCGGCGCUGGUGAGCUGCAACAAUACCCGCAGCACUACUUCAAAGAGGCCCGGCCGCAUCCCUCGCCGUCCGUGCCACCUCACAUGCUCACCCCAGGCGGCUUUUCGGCGUUGCACUAUCUCAAGCAGCCCGGGGUGAUGUUGACGUCUCUCGGGCAGGGUGACGGCGGACCUAGUUUGGACGCGCAUCAGUACGCUAGCCCAGGCGCGCCGAACAUGGCAACCGGGCUGCCCGACAUCGUGCAGCAGAGCGGCAAGUCGUCCAAGGCCGGCAACAGCGAUCUGCGUCUGUUCAAGUGCUUGACCUGCGGCAAAGACUUUAAGCAGAAGUCGACUCUGCUACAACACGAGCGGAUCCACACGGACAGCCGGCCGUACGGAUGUCCGGAGUGCGGCAAGCGGUUCCGGCAACAAUCCCAUCUCACGCAGCACCUGCGCAUACACGCUAACGAGAAGCCGUAUGCUUGCGUGUACUGCGAGCGUACGUUCCGACAGCGUGCCAUCCUCAACCAGCAUCUGCGCAUCCACUCGGACGUGAGUCCGCAUCUCAUCUUUAAGAACGGUAUGACGCCAACGCUCUGGCCGCAGGACGUUCCCUUUCCGCCCGAGGAAGGCAAAGAGGAGGUAGCGUCGACGUUCGGCGACACAGACACGCAAUCGGGCGCGUUCAGUCCGGCGCCGGACGCUAAUUCCAUCCAAUAUCCUGCGUACUUCAAGGACCCGAAGGGCGGCAAUCACGCGGUCUUCGGCGCGGGCGGCCCGGGCAGCUUCGGCGCUCUGCAGUACAUCAAGCAGCAAGGCGGCGCGAAGAGCUGUCUACCCGACGUGAUACAGCACGGCCGUUCGGCCGGUAUGCCGUUGUACGUGCGCUGCCCGAUCUGCCAGAAGGAGUUCAAGCAGAAAUCCACGCUGCUGCAACACGGGUGCAUACACAUCGAGUCGCGGCCGUAUCCGUGUCCGGAGUGCGGCAAGAGGUUCCGGCAGCAAUCCCAUCUCACGCAGCAUCUGCGAAUCCACACGAACGAGAAGCCGUACGGUUGCGUGUACUGCGGGCGUAACUUCCGUCAGCGCACGAUUCUCAAUCAGCACUUGCGCAUUCACACCGGCGAGAAGCCGUACAAGUGCCAGCAGUGCGGCAAGGAUUUCCGUCAGAAGGCGAUUCUGGACCAGCACACGCGCACUCACCAGGGCGAUCGGCCGUUCUGCUGUCCGAUGCCGAAUUGCAGGCGGCGCUUCGCCACCGAGCCCGAAGUGAAGAAGCACAUCGACAACCACAUGAAUCCGCACGCGGCCAAGGUGCGCCGGAAUUCGAGCAGCGAUUCGAAGCCACCGGGCACGCCGGCGGGCCUGGGCCCGGUUCCCGUGCCGCGUGGCCUCACGCCGACGGUCGUCAAGCCGGAGCUUUACUUCCCGCAAUGCUACGCGCCCGCCUUCAACCACCAACCGCCGGUCUCCACAGCGCAAUUUCCCGGCGCACAGGCGAACGGCGUGUCCGUAACCGGCGAGUUCAAGCCGCCGACCGGUCUGCCGCCGCAGUGACUAACCGUCCAUCCUGCCGCCUACUAGCAAGCAGGAAUCCCCGCGCUGAGGUUUCAGCGCUGCUUUGG